CGAAAAAUUCGCAAAGCAAGGCGACCACUGGUUACAUCUGUGUUUUUCAUUUCCCCGCUCGUGUAUUAUUUGAUUUUGUUUCUAAUUUCCUUGAGAGGACUAGGAGCCUGAAUUAUUUUUUUUUGAGUGUUUUAUGAAGGUUUGUUAAGGAUCAUCAUGGAGCUUCCUUCAGCUGCAGACUUACGGCUUCAUCGGCCGCUUGCCAUCGACAUUUACCGGAAGUUGAAGACUUUUGUCGAGACGGAGUGCGCGAUCGCCGAAGUGGCAAUCGCGAGUGAGUUUGCGGCUUUACCAGCGGAGUUUCCAAGAACACAAGAACGUGUUGUAGGAGCAGUAGAAGACUCGUUUUCAACAAGUUCAACACUUUCGACGAAGCCUGCGUCUCGAUGGACAUUUCUUUCCCCGACAAUGCAACGCCUCAGGCAGCGCGGCAAGGAGCUUGGACUGUGGAAUCUGUGGUCGCCGACGGAGGGUCCUCGAUUGACGAAUCUCGAGUAUGCGCACUGCGCUGAGUUACUCGGUCGCUAUAUGUGCGCAAGCGAAGCUUGCAACUGCGCCGCACCCGAUACUGGAAACAUGGAGGUGUUGGCCAUGUAUGUUAAGACUAGUAGUUCGAUUUCGCUGCGCUAAGUCAAUGAGGGAGCGAUCGUUGUCGUCCAUGUCAAAGUCCUGAUUCGCAGACGAUAAAGAUUAGUUUCGUGCUUCGCAUAGUGAAAUCUUACUAAGAAAGUAUGUCUAACUCUAGUUCCGAAGCGCAGAAAAAGAGAUGGCUUGCGCCUUUGCUGAGCGGAGAUAUACGCAGCGUCUUUUUCAUGACCGAGCCGCAGCGAGCCUGCUCUGAUGCGCGGAAUGUGCAACUGAAAAUUUGUAGGGAAGGGGACUAUUACGUUUUGAAUGGUCGCAAAUGGUGGUCGUCAGGCGUCUGCGACCUUUCACGUUGCAAGGUUGGAAUUUUGAUGGGACAGAUCGAGGAUGAAAGCUACGAUGGAAGCAGUGGACAAAUGACGGAACGAGAAAUGACUUCCAGUGAACAAAAGACUUCUGCAGGCCGGCCUAAAAAAAAACAAACCAUGAUUCUCGUGCCCAUGAACACGAAUGGUGUGCACGUGGUACGACCCCUGACCGUCUUUGGCUAUGACGACGCGCCGCAUGGUCAUGGGGAGGUGGAAUUCCGAGAUGCGCGCGUGCGCAUUGCGGACGCGCUGCUGCUUGGUGAGGGGCGAGGUUUUGAGAUAGCACAAGGCCGACUCGGGCCAGGACGAAUCCACCAUUGUAUGCGCUGCAUCGGCAUGGCAGAGCGGGCUUACGCACUUAUGCUAGAUCGGGGACUGUCACGACAAGCCUUCGGGAGGCGUCUUGCCGAGUUGAAUGUUGCCACAAUUGCCCAACUGCGUAUUCAGAUCGAGGCGGCGCGUUUGCUCGUCCUUCAAGCAGCUGCCCGCAUCGACGCGGAGGGAGCAAAAUCUGCUUUCAAAGAGAUCGCCAUGAUCAAAGUUUUGGUCCCGCGAAUGACCUGCGAUGCAGUGGACGCUGCGAUUCAACUGCACGGAGGCGCCGGCGUGUCCGCUGAUACGCCUCUAGCACGGAUGUACGCGAUUGCUCGCACGAUGCGGAUCGUCGACGGACCUGACGAAGUACAUUUGAUGAGCAUCGGUCGCAUGGAAAUAAAGCGUCACGCACUAUCCAGUAGUCUUGCGUCAUCGAGUAAAUUGUAGCAGAUGCGUAUUCGCCUGACAUCGAAGUACGUUUUUUUUUAAUCCUUCUCCGUCCUGUCAAACUCAUGACUUAUAUCUCUCUCAGUUUUUUUGUAAGAAUUUCAUUUUAUCCUAGACCGGGUACUCCCCGACUUUUCUUAUUGGCAUUACCUAGACUUAGACUAGUUAAUUUCCAUGAACCUUCGCGCAGCAUUCAUAACAGAGUCCUUCUUUGGUGAAUGACUCCUCAAGUUGAGAUUCUCGAAUGCGUAUUGUCCUGCGUCUUCAAGCAACUGCGUUUACUGAGCUUAAUGCGUAUGCAGCCUACUGCUUGCAGCACGCGAGGGCAAUCAUGGGUACUCUUUCGCAAUGGUCGCUGACACUGAUAGACGGCAUGAGUUAUUCCAUAGCAGAUUUUGUGUAACAGUAUAGUCCAGCAUAUGUACGAAAGAACGGCAAUACAUAGCUAUAAGACAUAUUACAUGCAGUGUAGUUUUCGAAAAUGAGAAGCGGAAAUAAUAAAU